UCCAAGAUAUUCAGCACUGAAUUCUGCAAGAGCUUGAACGAGUGUCGAAAAAACGUAUAAACCGACACGUACACCAUGAAGAUAGUAGCUGUGUCGCGGACGAGUGAUCACACGAGCUACUGUAACAAAUUCUUCUGCCUCGUGAGGCCGUUUCUCCAUCGUCGCAGUGAAAAUUGUUUAAUUUUUUACAAAACGAGUUUCCACGUUUGAGGAUCUUGGGGUGAUUGAAAAAGUGGUUUGCAGCGAUUGUUGGGAUUUUAAUCGGCAGGAAUCGGCGGGAAUACCCGCCUCGUACCGCGAUCCAUGACGAGGGAUGGUUUUUAUUAUUGUGAGAACGUGUGAAAUUCUCUCGGUGGAUUGAUUGUGCUGGCGAAUUGGAGGUUUAUGUGUGCUCUGUUCUCUUGGCUAUGGGCGAGGAUUCAAUAAUAUUACCAAUUGAUCGCGUUAUCAGUGAAGACGUCGACGGGGGACGAUCCAAGGUGGACAAGCGUGGCUGCAAAUUUGUUAGGAUUUAUAAACGCAAAGUUUCGGGCUCCACUCCCGGCAGUUCACGGAGACAAUUUUUUCGCGGUUUCGAGGGCUGCGCUGGCAAGUUUGUGAUCUUUGUGGGGUGUGUUUUGAUACUCGGGGGCUGUUAUCUGACUCUUGGGGGGAGAGAUUUGGGGAGACUGAGGAUGCAGGGGGAUUAUCGUGGAUGGAGUCGGGAUUUGGGGGAGGGGAGGGGGGGACUCGGGGAGGAUGAGAUGGAGACCAUACGGAGGAGCAUCGUGGAGGGUCUCGGGAUACAGAGGAUACCCGAUCCUUCGAAGGCGAACGUGAGUCAGACGGAGUAUGAAAGAGCCCACGUCGAAUACCUGAGGAGACUGCAAAUGUCGAGAGCACCUGGUGACAGAAGACGGAGGAGACUUCACACGUUUCAUGCCACAGACGAAAUGGAUCAACUGUCAAGAACCAAACGUGAUCUGUCAUCCCCCCAGUCGGACACCUACAGCCUGUACUUCCCCCUGGACGUCCCCGCCGACGACGAGGAAGUGGAUCACGCAAUCCUAAGACUGAUUCUCGAGCCAACGGGAGCGUCAGACAGCGUGGAAGUAUCGAUUUACCGUAUUGGCGAGACGUCAAGCCCGCUAGUAUCAAGUGCAACAUUUUCCCACCUCGAUGGGCCCCGGUGGAUCGAGCUCGACGUGACGGAGUUGGUUGUGCUGUGGCACGAGGGUCUCAUCGACAAUCUGGGUCUAGAGGUGCGCCUCAAGGGUCCCCUGAGCCCCAACGUCUCCCUCGGCUCCCCCGUUCUCAACGUAUUCACCACCUCCGGGCAGUUGCGACGAAGACGCUCAGCUCCUGAUCACCUCAUGUCCCUCCACAAGGGAAGGAGAACCGAGUGUCGUGGUGAGAACAAAAAGUGCUGCAGACACGAGAUGACAGUUAUAUUCAAGGAUCUCAAGGGCUUUGAAUUUAUCGUUCAACCAAAGACUUUCGACGCCGGUUACUGCAAGGGCAGAUGUCCACCGCGAUACAAUCCUGCCCAUCAUCAUGCACUACUUCAGAGUCUCAUAUGGAAGGAGGACAAGAGAAAAGCGCCCAGGCCGUGCUGCGCACCCAGCAAACUCGCUGAGCUUGAGAUACUCUACUUCGACGAGAAUGAUCCUACUAAACUUAAGGUCUCCAGCUGGAAGAACAUGAGGGUGCUGGAGUGCGCGUGCUCGUAAGAAGCAGCCACUUGGGUUCAAUUCACCAAAGAGUUUAGACAUCAAUUUUUUUUUACGCUCCUCCCCACGUCUCUGGGAUACUUUUGUCUUCGUAAUCUCAUACGUGUAACCCUUGACUCUUUUUUUCUGCCUCUUGUGACUGUGAUAUUAAACGUACGGGAAUCAGCAACGGUCGACGCUUCUGCGACGCCAAUUAGGGGUUUUUUUAUUUUUUUUCUCUUUUAGGGGUUUAUUGAGUAGUUUUGGGAUUGAGAUGAGGGGGAGAUGGUUCGUUAGUUUAUCUUCUCUCCUGCACUUGAUCACGGAAUGAUUAAAAGUUAAAUUAUUAAUAGCUCGAGGAGUUCAACCUGUUUCGGAGGAUUUUUUUCGGGGGAGGAGGGUUGCGCUGUUAUUCGAGGGAUUGUGCUAUUUUUUAUUGUUCACCAGCACGCGACAUUGCCCGAUGGACUAUUUGUGUGCUUGUUCGAGGUAGACCCAGCUCCCACUGUUUAUCCACACAGCGUGUACAUAUUUAUUAAUUUAUUUUAAUGUUUAGGGUAUUUUAGGGGUUUGAGGAGUGGCUAAUGCAAGUCUGUUUUUUUUAUCGAGUAUUUCGGGUCGCGUUUAUAUGUUUUUACGUGUGUAUGUGUAAUUGUAUGCUAUUAGGUAUGUAGUGAAUCUCAUGAGGGGGGGGAUUGGGGUAGUUGGUCCUUUUUAAUGCGAGGAUACUGCUUCGUUGUAUUUGAAUUUUUGUGCCUCUGAGAAUUUGCAUUUCGAUGGAAUUUGGUUGGGACAUUAUCAUUGAAUUGAUAUUAAUAAAAGAAUGAGAUUUGAAAAAUA